AUGAGCUUCUCGCUGACCUUCAGAGAGCUGGUCAAUGUGGCCAUCCCGCAGUGUGGCGUGGUCAACUUCAAGGCCCUGCACCUGCUGCUCCAGGCCAUCCUGGACCACGUCCACCUGGCCCAGCUGGAGAAGGUGUUGUCAGGGGAUGAGGACUUCCUGCAGACCUCACCGGCCAGCUUCCUGCCCCGGGAGGCCGACGGCCCACCCACCACCACCACCCCCAUGAAGAGGCUCAGCAACGUCUUCGACCACGUGGUGAGCCGCAUUGACAAGGUGGAGAGCCAGCUGGCCACGCUGCAGGCCCUGCCGUCCACCGCCCAGCUGCUGGAGAGCAGCACCGGCACCCAGCGGCCCAUCGAGGACUUGUACCACCUCAUCAAGCUCCGCAAGAUCGUGGAGGGCAAUGAGGAAGCCAUGGCCAAGUCCAUACAGACCCUGCAGGACUUACUCAGCAACACCUACGAGCUCAAGGUGGCCGUUGAGACCCUCAGGAAGGAUGUGGACGGGCUGCAGGCAGUGUGUGGAAAGAUCCAGCCAGGGAAUCUGGAUGCUUUGCUUAGUAACGCCAAUGCACAGAACCAGAAGGUGAACGUCCUGCACCGGGAAAUGAUGGCUCUCCGGGCUAAGGUACAGUCGAUCCCCACAUCCAAGGACACGGUGCUCUGGACCAGCCUGCACGAGGCCAUGUUCCUGCAGAAAGCGCAGACCCUGGACAAUGACGACCUGUGGAACGUCGCAGGGGAGAUUUCCGGCCUGGUUCUGCCAUUGGACCUGGUUCUGCCAUCGGAUCUGGUUCUUCUGAAGGGCCUGGUUCUGUCAUCGGGCCUGGUUCUGCUGGUGGGCCUGGUUCUGCUGCUGAGCCUGGUUCUGCUGCUGGGCCUGGUUCUGGUUCUGUCAUCGUGCCCGGUUCUGCUGCUGCGCCUGGUUCUGCCCUUGGGCCUGGUUCUGCAGGCCCCCCCACUGGCCAGGGAGCACAGCUCAGUGUGGCCACAGCCAGUGUGGCCACAGACUCUGGACCCCUACCUGCAAAGCAUCUUGGAAGGCCAGGAGGAGGUACCCUCGGAGGGCACAGCAGGACGGGGGCCCCGGGCCAUGGAAGCAGCCCCCACGUCUCCUGUCAGCCUCAAGAAGCUGAAGACCGACGCUAACAUCGCGGCCGCUGCUGCUGUCGCCUAUGCCACUGCCGCCACCUCGGCUGCCCGCGCCGCCCAAGCAGCUGCCCAGGCCAUGCAGAACGCGCCCACCGUGCACCUGGCCGCUGCCACCCCAGCGGCGGGCACCUCGGGGCCCCUCGGGGUGCUCACAGGCUUCCCAGGCGUGGGGGCUGCUCAGGGGGCCACCUACAACCUUGGAGAGGAGGCGGCGCUGAAACAAGAGCCGAGGGACGCAGAGAUGUCCAGUCUCUUGGGCCCUCUGCUGCCUGCCAGGGUCCCUUCCAACCUGGUCAUGUCUCAAACCCUGAAGGCCGCCAGGCAGGCCUCGACCCCUGAGGAGAAGAGGUCGGCUGUCCAGCUGUCCAUGAGUCACCUGGCCCUGAUGCCCAUGCAGCACGAGAGCCUCAAGGACGAGUUUGCCAAGCUGGCCUCCAAGCUGCACCAGCGCGUGAGCUACCUCGCUAACAUGGGCGGCAUGGCUGAGCUCAGCAUGACCCUGGAUGUCCUUCAGGAGAAGAUCAGCAAUCUCUCGAAGUCCAGGAUGAAGGAGGAAGAACUCGAGAGGAUUUGGGGCCACCAGAUGGAAACCAUGAAGGGCCGUUACAUCAUGCUGGACAAAGCAAUGAGCAAGGUCCAGAUUCGUCUGGAAGACUUGAAGGCCAUCUGGACUCAUAUCAAAAAUCUGGAAACGGAAAAGGCUGACAAAAGCCUGGUGGAGAAGGAGCUGAAAGAGAAAGCCGACCGGGGCACUCUGGCCACCAAGGCCAACCGCGCCGAACUAAAGACCCUGUCGUCGGAGGUGAACGAGCUAGUUCAGAGCUUGCUUCUCCGGGUCAUGGCCCACGAGGACAACUGGAAGAAGAGCGUGGAGCAGCUGAGCAGGGAGCUGGGCACCAAGCUGGUUCGCAGCGACCUAGCCGAGCUGAAGGCAGACCUGAACAAGAUCCGGCAGACCCUCAGGAAGGUGAUGGCCGAAGUCUUCCACUUUGACCCCGACAACGCGGCCGGCUUCAGGAGGAAACUCUUUGAGCAAGUGCAGUGCCUCUCCUGUGACCGGUCCUUGGACAUGAUGACCAGCCCGCAUCUCCUCACUGUCCGAAAAGCCCAGCUGCUGUCCAUGCUGCAACCGGUCAGCGCCAACAGCUCUGAGUUUCUGCAGCAGCAGCAGAUGAGGGAACAGCUGCAGGACGUGGGGACCUGUGAGGAUGCCACCCUGAGCACCCCCCAGCACUGGGCUAACAGCCCUGAGAGUCACGCCGGGCCCCUGCUGUCCAUCUACCCCUACGGGGAUCCCAGCGUCAUGGACUAUGACAGGGCCCAGGUGGACAUCCUGGGAGUGGACGGUGUCCUGUACAAAGGCCGCAUGGCCAGUCAGGAGCUGCCCCCCAUGGCUGACGGGGAGAAAGACCUGGCAGGCCGCACCUCAGGCUCCCGUCUUGACUCCGAGGACAUCCUCAUCUCAGACGCACUCAGGGUCUAG